AUGGCUGCCUUGUUUAGAGGGUCCCGGAAUUUAUUGCUAAGGUGGAAUAAACCCGUUGACCUUGCCUUCGUGGCAAGUCGGUCAAUGGCCUCAAAGACGCCAGUAGGGUUUAUUGGGCUGGGUAAUAUGGGCAGUCCCAUGGCCAAGAACCUACUCAGAAAUGGCUACCCUGUCAUUGCCACUGAUGUUUUCCCCGAGUCUUGCAAGGAGCUACAAGAUCUGGGUGCCCAGGUGGUGGACUCUCCAGCAGAGGUGGCAGAGAAAGCAGACCGCAUUCUCACCAUGCUCCCUUCCAGUCCAAAUGUAAUAGAGGUGUACGUGGGCCCCAAUGGCAUCCUCAAGAAGGUGAAGAAGGGAACACUGCUGAUUGACUCCUCCACCAUUGACCCUACUGUUGCAAAAGAGAUGGCGGUUGCGGCAGAGAAGAUGGGCGCUGUGUUCAUGGACGCUCCCGUGUCAGGAGGUGUGGGGGCUGCCAGCCUGGCCAAGCUGACCUUUAUGGUGGGCGGUGUGGAGGAGGAGUACCACGCUGCUCAGGAGCUGCUCACUUGUAUGGGAGCCAAUGUGAUCUAUUGUGGACAGGUCGGCACUGGACAGGCGGCCAAGAUCUGCAACAACAUGCUGCUUGCUAUCGGAAUGAUUGGGACCGCAGAGACCAUGAACCUCGGCAUCAGGUACUUUCAGCAGCAGCACAGGAGAAGGCUGCCAAUCUCUGCGGGCCAGACCAACUUUAUCAAGGCGGGCAUCUCAGCCUCUGACAUCAAGUACACAACUGCUGCUCGCACUGAGAAAUGUCCUGUCAACACCUCGCCCCACUGCUGGCCCCCUCAGCCUCUGGACUCAGGAGCGGCAUAA